AUGACCAGGUCACGUACUAUUCCCACUGGGCUCGCCAGCCUGCUCCUCCUCGCGGCCCGCGUCAACGCCCACGGAAUUGCUGACGGCCUCGCCGUAUAUCCUGGCGGUGCCGCUGGUGGCACAUACUACCUCGGGUACAAUCCUUCUUUCCAAUACCAGACCCCGCCUCCUGAAAUCGGAGAAUGGUCAACACCCGAUAACUUGCAAGCUUUCCGUUAUACCGCAUCGACUUACACGCAGCGCGUAACCCCACAGAAACGGCUUCGUCGCCCCCGCCGCCUACGACUCCCCGACAUCAUCUGCCAUCUCGGAGCCACCCCCGGCGCGGCCGCCAUUCCCGUCAACGCCGGCGACGACCUCGGUAUCCACUGGGACACCUGGCCCGAUUCGCACAAGGGUCCCAUCGUCGACUCUCUCGCCAACUGCGAAGGUCCUUGCCAAAACGUCGACAAGACCAAGCUCAAAUUCUUCGACAUCAGCCGCGAGGCCGUCAUCGACGCCGCCUCCGACCUCUGGGCCCCCAACGUCCUCGUCAAAAACGACUUGACCUGGUUCGUCCGCAUCCCCGAGGGCAUCGCCCCGGGCAACUACGUCCUCCGCCACGAAAUCGUCGCCCUCCACGCCGCCGGCCAGACCAACGGCGCCCAGAGCUACCCCUUUUGCUUCAACCUCGCCAUCUCCAGCAAGGGCACCGAUAAGCCCGAGGGUCGCACCUUUGAGGGGUACUAUACCUCCAGCGAGGUCGGAAUCGUCUGGGACUUGUUCGGCAAGAGCCCCGCGGACUACAAGAUCCCCGGUCCCGCCGAUAACCUCUACACCGCCGCCGAAAAGGCUACCCAGCGCAAGCCCAGCAUCACCGCCACCGGUACCUUUGUCAAGUCUCUCGACCCGGCGUCCAUCCCCCAAGAAACCUCCGCCGCCGCCCCCGAGGAGCCCACAACUGCCGAGGCCCCGCCUGCCGAAUCCACGACCUCGGAAGCUGUCGCUGAGCCGACCACCGCCGCACCUACCACUGCCGUCACCACCACUGCGCGACAAAGCCCCGAACCCACAUCCACCCAAAACGCCGCCGGAGGCGCCAUCGUCUACAGCACCGUGUACGUCACCCACCAAGUCACCGUCACGCAGGUCGAAUCCACAACCAUCUAUGCCACUGUCACGCUUCCCCGGCCUUAG